AAAUUAAAUGAUUGGUUACAAGGAGUUCUCCAAGUUCUCAAAAUAUAUAGAAUUCUAAUGAUACUUAUCCUACAUGUAUACAUGUGUGUGUGUAUAUAUAUAUAUUCAAUGCACCAACAUGCAUAGUGAAGUGAAGAGCUAUAAAGGGUAGGUUAAAAGAGACUAGAUAUAACUUGCUAGUCACAUUUCUUGAGUUUUGUUGGAAAUAUCGGAGCUAACACUCAAAGUUUUAGGAGAGUUUAAGAUUGCAAAUUUGAUGUGUGCGAUCAAGAUUGAUAUAUAAAAUACAAGAACAUGUUUUGUUUUGGUGAGUUGUUGCUAAGAUAAGGCCGUCAAGAUUGUUGGGCUUCUUCUCCAUAUAAACCCUACUUCACCAUCAUCCUUCUUCAUCCGAUCAGCUGCAUUCUCUCAAGGCGUUCAUGGCGUUUUUCGGGUGGUAUAGAUUUGUAGCCUCUCUUCUCAAUGCACUUCUGCUCUUUCAUACAUUUUCUUCUGCUCAAACAGAUCCAGGGUACACUUUCAUGCACCAAGCAACAACAGCUCCAACAGUUGCAUACUACGACUACAUCAUCAUUGGUGGCGGCACCGCGGGCUGUCCGUUAGCCGCCACCCUCUCUCAAAACGCCUCGGUGCUCCUCCUCGAACGCGGCGGCUCACCUUACGGAAACGCAAACAUCACCGAUUUAGCCGCCUUCGGGGCCGCAUUGUCCGACCUCUCCCCAACUUCCCCCUCCCAACGUUUUGUCUCCGAAGACGGAGUUGUGAGCGCGCGUGGGCGUGUUCUUGGUGGCGGAAGUUGCUUGAAUGCGGGAUUUUACUCCCGUGCGGGUCAUGAUUAUGUUCGGCUCGCGGGUUGGGAUGCAAGGCUGGUCAACGAGUCGUAUGAGUGGGUGGAAAAGGUGGUGGCAUUUCAACCGCCGUUGAAGCAAUGGCAAUCCGCGGUGAGGGACGGGUUAGUGGAGGCUGGAAUACGACCGUAUAACGGGUUCACCUACGAUCACAUGUACGGUACCAAAGUUGGUGGCACGAUUUUUGAUCAACACGGUCACAGACACACUGCGGCCGAUUUGCUUCGGUAUGCUAAGCCGAGUGGUCUCACCGUGUUACUCCAUGCGCCCGUUCACCAAAUAUUAUUCACGACACGAGGAAGUACAAGGCCCAAGGCCCAUGGAGUGAUCUUUGCAGAUGCAAAUGGGGUAGGCCACCGGGCUUACUUAAGGAGAGGGUCCAAAAAUGAAAUCAUAUUGUCCUCUGGGGCCCUAGGAAGCCCACAACUUUUAAUGUUAAGUGGAAUAGGCCCAAAAAGACAACUUCAGGCCCAUAACAUAACAAUGGUCUUGGAUCAGCCCAUGGUGGGCCUUGGAAUGUCCGAUAACCCGAUGAAUGCAGUUUUCAUCCCCUCUCCUCAACCCGUUGAGGUCUCUCUCAUUCAAGUCGUCGGUAUUACUCACAAUGGAACCUAUAUCGAGGCUGCUUCUGGUGAGAAUUUUGCGGGUGGAGCUCGAACUCAAGAUUAUGGAAUGUUUUCUCCAAAGAUUGGGCAACUCUCAACAGUACCACCAAAACAAAGAACACAAGAAGCCAUAGACAAGGCGGUAGAGGUUAUGCAAUCACUCCCACAAAGUGCUUUCGUGGGCGGGUUUAUUCUAGAGAAGAUUAUGGGCCCGAUCUCAACGGGCCAUCUUGAGCUUACAUCCCGUAGCCCAAAUGACAACCCUUCGGUCACAUUCAACUACUUUAAAGACCCUCGCGACUUACAAAGAUGUGUUGAUGGGAUGAAAAUAAUUGAGAAUGUGAUCGAAUCUAACGCGUUUUCAACAUUCAGAUUUGAUUCUCUAUCUAUAAUUACUCUUCUCAACAUGACCGCGAGUUCACCAAUAAACUUACUCCCCAAACAUGCCAAUGUGUCACGAUCUCUAGAACAGUUUUGUAAGGACACCGUGAUGACCAUAUGGCAUUACCACGGCGGGUGCAUUGUAGAUAGAGUCGUGGAUCGCGAUUAUAAGGUUAUCGGCAUAGAUUCUCUCAGGGUCAUUGAUGGGUCGACGUUUCGUAAUUCCCCGGGAACUAACCCUCAAGCCACCGUUAUGAUGUUAGGAAGGUACAUGGGUGUUAAGAUAAUGCGCGAGAGACAAGCAAGCAAUGGGGCCAAAUGAUAUAAAUAAUCGUGUCAAAUUUUAAAGUUUACAAUAUUGUAUGAUUAUUUGUUGCU